UUCCCUGAAAGGUCGCACACUCCGCACAAAAACAUUUCUGCUGUGGAACUUCAGGCGAGCUACUAAUUUCACUGGCGUUGACCAAAGGCAUCGCGGCGAUCGGAACCCUCCCGUUGUAGCUGACGACCGAUGGAGCAGGCGACGGCGUUGCUGGAGCAGGUGCCGGGGUUCUGGCGUGACUUCCUCCUGGGCAUGCUCAAGCCGGUGGCCGCCACCGCCGUGGUCGCCGUGGCCGUGGCGCUCAGCUUCUCGCAGCGCCUGGGGCUCGAGCGCGAGAUGCUCUUCGCCGUCGCGCGCGUCUUCCUUCAGCUCUCCGUCGUCGGCUUCGUCCUCCAGUUCAUCUUCUCCCAGGAGAACGCGCUCUGGAUCCUCCUCGCAUAUCUCUUCAUGGUGACGGUCGCCGGCUACACGGCGGGACAGCGCGCGAAGCGCGUUCCCCGCAGCAAGUACAUCGCCUGGGUGUCCAUCCUGGUCGGGACGGCCUUCCCCAUGCUCGUACUCUUGGUGCUCAAGGUCUUCCCUUUCACCCCGCGGUACAUCAUUCCGCUCGCCGGCAUGAUGAUCGGCGACGCCAUGACCGUCACUGGGGUCACCAUGAAGAAGCUCCGGGAGGACGUUGAGAUUCAGAGGAACAUGGUGGAGGCUGCGCUUGCUCUGGGCGCGACGCCGCGGCAGGCGACGCUGCAGCAGGUGAGGAGGUCGCUGGGGAUCGCUCUGUCCCCCGUCAUCGACGCCAUCAAGACGGUCGGCCUCAUCACUCUCCCUGGCACCAUGACGGGGCUCAUCUUGGGCGGCGCGUCGCCGCUGGAGGCAAUCCAGCUGCAGAUCGUUGUGACCAACAUGCUCAUGGCCGCCAACACCGUCAGCAGCAUCGUCUCCUCCUACCUCUGCUGGACCUCCUUCUUCACCAAGGAAUUCCAGCUUAAAGACGAGGUCUUUGCUGAAAAGUGACUCGGGAAUUGUAGUGACAUGAGGUUCAUUGCCAAUUGACGAUGAUUCGCUGCGCGCAAUUGUAGUGAUGUGAUGAAGCCUAUGUUUGUUCUCUGAUGAAUUCCCUCCUGUUUGGGUCAAGAUCGGCUUUCAUGAUCACGUCCAUUUUUUUAUGAAACAUGUUCACGUCCAUUACGAGAUUUUGGAAGCAAUAAUCUGAAAAGUGCUCCUCGCGGAACCUGUCAGCGUA